AUGGCAAUGCAAGAGAAAUUCCCCGGGCAAGCCUCCCGAAACGAUGAUCAUGCCCAAUAUCCCGAUCAACCGGGAGUCGGAGAUACAUCCACCCGCGACGAUGCACAACAAGCAAAGCCCCCUCCCAAUGGCGGUUUGCAAUCGUGGCUCAACGUGGCGGCGGCCUUCUGUGUGUUUGUGAAUACCUGGGGAUUAAUCACCACAUUCGGUGCGUUCCAAGAGUAUUAUCGAACGGUACUGCUACGCGACCAAUCCUCCUCGGCCAUCUCAUGGAUCGGUAGCAUUCAGGCCACUCUGAUCCCCAUGGUGGGAAUGAUCACUGGUCCACUGGUCGACGCCGGCUAUCUGCGCAUACUAAUCUCCGGUGGUAGUUUCCUCAUCGUAUUUGGCAUGAUGAUGACAAGUCUAGCGACGGAGUACUACCAAGUACUCCUAGCCCAAGCCUUCUGCACGGGAUUAGGCGGAGGAGUCUCGUACAUCCCGGCGAUGGUGGUGCUAUCCUCCUCCUUCACGACGAAGCGAGCAGUGGCGGUUGGCUGCGCAUCAAUCGGGUCCAGUGUUGGGAGCGUCAUCUUCCCAAUCAUGUUCCGUCGCCUGCAACCUCUGAUCGGAUUUCCAUGGGCCGUGCGCUGCAUAGGGUUCAUCAAUCUAUUCAUGGCCAUCAUAAGUUGCUCGAUCCUCUGUCGCCAUCCGGGUAAGAAAACACAGGCCCGUAGUUUAGUGGAAUGGAAAGCUCUGAAACAGCCAACAUUCAUGCUCCUCUCGGUAUCGCUCACCUGCGUGAUGCUCGCCUACUACGUUCCGAUUUUCUAUGUUGCCACCUACGCACGGGUCAGAUUGAACACGGAAACGAACCUCUCUUUCUACCUGGUCUCCAUCAUCAAUGGAGCGUCGGCAUUCGGACGAACGGUCCCUUACCUGCUCGGAUCUCGUAUCAACACCAUCUUUGUCCUGAUUUCGUGUACCGCGGCAUCGGCAGUCGCCAUGUACACUUGGAUUGCGACAAGCAAUACGGCUGGAUUCAUUGUCUGGGCCUGCUACUGGGGUUUCCUGAGUGGGGUUCUGGUCACCGCACCGACCUCCAUCGUCGCGCACCCCGUUUUCACUCCGGACAAGAACUACCUAGGCACUCGGAUGGGCAUGAUGUGGGGCAUUAGUUCCUUCGGAGCGUUGGCCGGGGCACCCAUUGCGGGAGCGUUGGUCGACCUUGAACAUAAGAACUUCAUCCGGGCGCAAGUGUUUGCUGGCAGUUUGAUGAUAGGCGCUGUGCUCUUACAAAUGUGGCCGACGAUUGCUGCCGUUAGGUACGAUCGUAAUCGAGAUCGGGGGCCCAAGUAA